CGUUCCGGAUCUGUCUCCCUGGGAAAGGCGCACACCGUAUCAUGUUUGUGUGGAAGGGUUUCAGCCUGCUGGCGCUUCUUUCUUUGGUUGUUUCCACCGGGUCUCUGCGAAUCCUGGGCAUAUUUCCCCACCCUGCCAUGAGCCACUUUAAGUUCUUUCACCCAAUUAUGCGUGGAUUGGCCAAGGCUGGUCACAAUGUGGAUGUCAUCAGUCCCUUUGAGGACAAGGAUCCACCACAAGGCUAUAAGGAUUAUCUGCUGCCGCCCUCUACACUCACAGAUACCAUUCAUUUGGAGGACUUCGAACUCCCUUUUGACUACUUAUUCCACUACAUCGAGCACUUUGUGCUGUACAACAAGGGAAAAGAGGACUGCAACAUCACACUGCACAGCCAAGCCUUAUCCGAUGUCCUGAAACAUCCUCCUGGUUACUACGAUGUCAUCCUUUUGGAGCAAUUCAAUACCGAUUGUGCGAUGAGUGUGGCCCAUGUGCUCCAAGCUCCGGUUGUUGGCAUGAGUAGUUGUGCCCUGAUGCCAUGGCACUACGAGCGUUUCGGAGCUCCUUUAAUUCCUUCCUACAUAUCCGCUUUAUUCCAAGGACAAUCCCAGGAGAUGUCGUUUGCGGGAAGACUGGGCAACUGGAUUACUGUUCACUCGCUUAAUUUCCUCUACAAAAUCUUCACGGUUCCCGCUACCAAUGCUCUAAUCCGUCAGAGAUUCGGACCUGGAUUGCCGUCCACGGAAGACAUGGUCAGAAACACUUCCUUGAUGCUGAUCAAUCAACACUUCUCACUGAGUGGUGCAAAACCUUUGCCACCAAGUAUCAUAGAAGUCGGUGGCGUGCACAUAACUCCACCAAAACCUCUACCCUCUGAUCUCCAACAAAUAAUGGAUAAUGCUUCCAAGGGAGUUAUCCUCUUCAGCUGGGGAUCUCAACUGAAAGCCAGCUCCCUUCCACCAGCUCGACGAGAUGGGAUUGUUCGCGCCUUCGGAAGAUUGGAGCAGCAGGUGAUCUGGAAGUAUGAAAACGACACACUUCCGAAUAAACCUAAAAAUGUGCACAUCAGAAAGUGGCUUCCUCAGCGUGAUAUCCUGGCACAUCCAAAUCUCAAGGUGUUUAUGUCCCAUGGAGGAUUAAUGGGCACCACGGAGGCGGUUUCCGAAGGAGUGCCCAUUGUGGGUGUUCCCAUUUAUGGCGAUCAGUCUCUCAAUAUUGCUGCUUUGGUUCAAAGAGGAAUGGCCGUGCAGUUGGAGUUCAAGAAACUGGAUGAAAAAACUGUCUUUGAAGCUUUAACCAAGGCCCUAGAUCCCUCUUUCAGGGAAAGAGCUAAGCAAGUGGCUUCAGCCUAUAAUAAUCGCAUUCAGGAUCCUUUGGAAACUGCCAUUUGGUGGGUGGAACACGUGGCUGAGACGAAGGGAGCUCCUUUGAUCCAAUCACGUGCUGUACAUCUAUCCCGCUUUGUAUACUACUCACUGGACGUCUAUUUAGUGGUUGCUUUAAUCCUGUUACUCCCUGUGAUUACCUUGAUGGGAUUAAUCCGUUUGUGUAGAAGGAGAAAGCCUAAAGCUAAAACUGCACCUAAGCUAAAACGCAAAUGAGGCUAUUCUUUAGACUAUCGAUUUCAAUGUUUAAUUAAAAAGAAUAAAAUAAUAAAUAAAAAUAAAUACUUUGUACUUUUACCCUUCCUUGAAAACAUAAAAGAUCGUAGUUAAUUACAUAAAA